GCGCGCGCCGCCGCUGCCUCCGCUGCUCGGCCCGGUCCCGGAGCGGUGCGGCCGGCCCGCGGGGCGCGGAGUCGAGGCCCGCGGCCGGCCGCAUGAAGGACUGCGAGUACCAGCAGAUCAGCCCCGGGGCCGCCCCGCCGCCCGCCUCCCCCGGGGCGCGCCGCUCCGGCCCCGCCGCGCCCCCCGCUCCGAGCCCCGGGCCCGCGCCCGGAGCACCGCGCUGGAGCGGCAGCGGCAGCGGCAGUGGCAGCGGGAGCCUGGGCCGCCGGCCGCGGCGUAAGUGGGAGGUGUUCCCGGGCCGCAACCGCUUCUACUGCGGCGGCCGACUCAUGCUGGCCGGCCACGGCGGCGUCUUCGCGCUCACACUGCUGCUCAUCCUCAGCACCACCGUCCUCUUCUUCUUCUCCAACUGUCCCUACCUGGCCCGCAGACUGACCCUGGCUGUCCCCAUCAUUGCUGCUGUCCUCUUCUUCUUCGUCAUGAGCUGCCUCCUGCAGACCAGUUUUACUGACCCUGGCAUCCUACCCCGGGCAACCGUCUGUGAAGCAGCUGCUCUGGAGAAGCAGAUUGACAACACAGGCAGCUCCACAUACCGACCGCCCCCUCGGACCCGAGAGGUGAUGAUCAACGGGCAGAUGGUGAAACUGAAAUACUGCUUCACCUGCAAGAUGUUCCGGCCACCCAGGACCUCGCACUGCAGUGUCUGCGACAACUGUGUGGAACGGUUUGACCAUCACUGCCCCUGGGUGGGCAACUGUGUCGGGAGACGGAACUACCGCUUCUUUUAUGCGUUCAUCCUCUCCCUCUCCUUCCUGACAGCCUUCAUCUUCGCCUGCGUGGUCACCCACCUGACUCUGCGUUCUCAAGAAAGCAGCUUCCUCUCCACUCUGAAAGAGACACCAGCAAGUGUGCUGGAGUUGGUCAUCUGCUUCUUCUCAAUCUGGUCCAUCCUGGGCCUCUCAGGGUUCCACACUUACCUCGUCGCCUCCAACCUGACAACUAACGAAGAUAUCAAAGGAUCUUGGUCCAGCAAGAGGGGCGGUGAGGCCUCUGUCAACCCUUACAGCCAUAAAAGUAUUGUCACCAACUGCUGUGCUGUGCUCUGUGGUCCCCUACCUCCCAGCCUGAUCGACCGGCGGGGAUUCGUGCAGUCUGACGCUGUAUUGCCCUCACCCAUCAGAAGUGACGAGCCAGCCUGUGGGGCCAAGCCAGACGCCAGCAUGGUAGGAGGCUACCCCUGAAUGUGACUCAGUGCUUGCCACCUGCUGCCUGCCCUCUACGCCUGCCGGGACCCUCCCCAUACCAUCCGAGGGAAGCAGAGCUGCCAAAGACUCAAGUCUUUUCGUAUUUAUUUCCCAUCCUGCACAGCGUUCUCUGAACUGCCACAGAACUGUGCCCUCUUGCUCCUCAAACCCAGGUUCCCACAGUUUGGGCCCUAGGUCCCUGAAUUGAUCGGUGGCAGGAGAGGAGAGCCACGGCCUCUGGAGGCCACCAAGGAAACCAUGCCAAAUCACUGCCUGUGCCCAGGGAGACCCAGUGUGAGUGAGGGUGUGAACUGAGUGGGCAGCCUCCCAGCCGGAGGCAUUCUUGGACCCUGGGGAGCCGGGGCUUCUGGAAGCAGGACUGCUGAGCAGCUGGCCCUGGAGCACAGUGGCAGGCCAGCGCCUGCCCUUGGACUCCUGGUCUGGGGCUCCCGCAUUCCCUUUGAGAUGUGCAAGGCUAUUUUGGUGGUCUUGGGGGGGGGUAUAUGGAAUUGGCCAGUAGGAUAGAGCUGGGGUACCAGUAGAGAGCAUGGGCAGAGAGUGGGAGACAGCCUGUGUCAUAGGAAGCCAAACCAGCCAUCCAGGCCCCAGAACCUCAGCUCCUAUAGAGUCCUGGGCAGCACAGUAGGAAUGGGAAUGGGGACCCUGCCUUCCGCAGCCCAUGGAGACUCUCAAGGAUCCUUUCCUGUGUCACCACCCCUCCCCCCAGUCUCUUCCAAGUCAGAGCUAGAGGUGGGUGGGUUAGUGAUGCUGGCAAUACUUGAAACGGGUUUAUUAAUGCUUGGUAUUUUGCACAAUUUUAUAGACCUCUUUUUUACAUGGCCUUUUUUUUUUUUUUUUUUUUGGAUUUUUGAGACAGGGUUUCUCUGUAGCUUUUGGUUCCUGUCCUGGAACUAGCUCUUGUAGACCAGGCUGGCCUCGAACUCACAGAGAUCCUGCCUCUGCCUCCCGAGUUACAUGGCCUUUUUUUAAAAAUAGAAGUUAAUGUGUUACUAUCUGUGUAGUGCCAAAUCAAGGGUUUUCAGAAGGCUAGGUGGUUUAAUAAAUGUUUUACAGCAGAUCUAGCUAUGAAUGUGUGUGUGUGAGAGUGUGUGUAUGUGUGUGUGUGUGUGUGUGCGCGCGCGCACGCGCGCACCUGUGUACAAAUACAGCUGACUUCCAUAUCCCUGGGCUAUUCCGUCUCCCUGUUACCUACCCUGUGUUCAGAAGCAGCCUGACUUGUAGGGGCUGGGAAGAUGGUGCAUUAAUCACAAGAGACCCCUGGGCUCCUGCCCUUCCCUUCUGCCAUAGCCUUCAGACAACCUGUGGCUAGGGACUCGGCCACCCAGCCCCCAGGUCAGGCUCCCAGCUGUAACCUGCCCCAACAGGCUGAGGCUAGGUGUGGUGGGUGGGGUGACUGGUCUGGGGAGCGGGGAGCAGCUGCCAUUCUGCAAGCCACACCCCCCUUGGCUCUCUGCUCUGUAUAUGCACCCCCCCCCCAUGCUAGAGAGUCGGAGACAACACAUUUCUGCUAAUUUGGGAUGAAGAAAGAAGCAGAAUAGGCCAGGAGGCUUAUUGGUUGGCCAGGACCCUCAUAACACAUCGUCCUGCUGCUGGGAUCUGUAGUUUCUAAUCAAAAUAGAGACUUGUUCUUUUAGGACCCCCACUUUGGCCCUUCAAGUGGGCUGAAGCCCUUGGAUCAUAGCAUAGGAAGUCACUCCAACUUCUCUGCCUUGCUCCUAAGGCUAGUGGGUCCCACACAGAGCCGGGGAGUGUGCUAGCUGGGAGAAAAGCUUCAGAGCCCUAGGCCAUCCUGCAGUGGCUCUGGGAGGUAGAUGAGGGCUGGAGGAGGCUCCCUAACCUGCCUGUUAUUUAAGCCAGUAUUCAUUUGUUCCUGCUUGUAAUAAACUUCGUUUUUAGGA